AUGGCUGGUUUAGAAGCCAUUAAAUAUGGCAGAGGAAGACUAGAAGUUCUAGAUCAGUUGAGACUUCCGCAUGAGUUUGUGUAUGAUAAUGUCUCAACUUGUGAAGAGGCAUUUGAUUCAAUCAAGUCGAUGCGUGUGAGAGGAGCCCCAGCAAUCGCGAUUGUGGCAGCUCUUGCGCUGGCCGUAGAGCUUCAUCAUGAAAAAGAUGGUUCAAAGACGAAACAGGAAGCUGUCCAAUAUAUCAACAAACGUCUUGAUUAUCUCCUAGGUAGUAGACCUACUGCCGUUGAUCUUUCAAAUGCCAUCAAACUUCUCAAACGAGUUUCUCAGUCUGCUGCGGAAGCUACAAAUGCAUUGGAUGACAGUGCUGCUUGUGCGGAUGUUCGAAAGGGAUAUAUUGAUGCGGCAGAGAAGAUCUUAGAAGAUGACCUCACCACCAAUUUGGCAAUUGGUAGAUAUGGAGCGGAAUAUCUAAGACGACAACAGAUGCCAAUUGGAGGCGAGGAAGAUGACGAGGAUCCUUCGAAAUUUUUUACAACGAGCCCACCAUGCACUCAAGGGGCACCGGACAGGACAUAUAGAAAAUUGAGUGUUCUCACGCAUUGCAAUACUGGCUCCCUAGCUACUUCCGGCCACGGUACCGCCUUGGGUAUAAUCCGCAGCCUGCACAAAAUGAACUACCUCGACCACGCCUAUUGUACUGAAACUCGUCCUUAUAACCAAGGCUCCCGACUCACUGCUUUUGAGCUUGUUUACGAAAAGAUUCCUUCAACACUCAUUACUGAUUCUAUGGCCGGUGCUCUUUUCGCCCGAAUGAAGGAAAGCAAAAACAUAUCUGCUGUCAUUGUAGGAGCAGAUCGCGUCGCUCGCAAUGGUGAUACUGCCAAUAAAAUUGGAACCUAUUCUCUCGCCGUUCUUGCAAAAGCUCACAACAUAAAGUUCAUAGUUGCAGCACCUACAACAAGUAUAGAUCUCGAGACGGUUUCAGGAGCAGAUAUAAAGAUUGAGGACCGAGCUCCAACAGAACUUACACAAAUAAGUGGAGCUGUAGUAGGAAAGGAUGGACAUGUAGAUGUGAAUACAACGGCUAGAGUGGCUAUUGCUCAUCAAGGAAUUGAUGUUUGGAAUCCUAGUUUUGACGUUACGCCCAGUAUGUAUAUUGAUGCGGUCAUUACGGAGAAGGGAGAAGUGGUCAGGAGUUCAAAGGGCACAUUUGAUUUCAAGACUAUUAUGCCGGAGCGGUGGGCACAACAAGUUGAGGGGAAAGAGUUGAGUGCUGAGACAAAUGUAAAAGCACAUGUGGAUGAUGGAACACAAUUUCCAAUGGAGAACAUCUGA